UAGCUGUAGGUUGUGAGCAGUUUAGCCGAUUUCCCCACCACCCCGCCCCCCUUUCUCCUCCUCUCCAUACCCCUCCCAUCUCCAACCCGGUGGAGGAUGAAGCGGCUGCAGCGGCCCCAGCCCCGGCAGCGGCACCGGCGGUGGCUGCGGUGGGGGAGGCCGGAACUGGGGUGGUGAAGAGGCGGUGGCGGCGGCGGCGGCGGCGUUGGUGGCUCAAGAAGCGGCAGCCGCCCCAGCCGCUUUCCUGUGCUUCCCUUCCUCUUUAGUGCAGUCAGGAAGUUUUUCGCUUCUGUGCAUGUGUGUGUGCGUGAGUGUGGGUGUGUAAGGUGAGGGUUUGGGCGGCAUUUGUGCAGGCGUUGGAUUUUUUGCCCACUUCGCUUCCCGUAACCGGGCAGCUCUGGAGCCUGGGCUGUGGCCUGAGGAGGGGGCUUGGCGGCGAGCUCCCUCCUUUUGUUGUUGUUUCCUCCGCCUGGGGAGCUGAAGAGGGGAAGCGCCUGGGUGGGGCGACUCGGAGCCCGGGCCUGGUGGCCCCCAGGGCUCCCGGGCGGGCAGGGUAGGGCAGAGUAGAGCGGGCUUCAACAUGAUGGCGGCAGAGGCCGGGAGUGAGGAGGGCGGUCCGGUGACCGCUGGGGCAGGAGGAGGCGGCACGGCUGCGAGCUCCAGUGCUUAUCCGGCAGUGUGUCGGGUGAAGAUACCCGCGGCCUUGCCUGUAGCAGCAGUGCCCUAUCCUGGGCAGGUCGAGGCCGGAGUGGCCGGGAAUCUGGGUGGCGGAGUCCCUUUGGGGUCAGGGUUCCUAGGAGUCGGUUCUGUGGCGGGAGUACUGGGGGGAGCCGGACUGACAGGGGGAGGUGCUGUUGCUGGCGUGGCUGGUGCUGCUGCUGCUGGACCUGGUGGGGAGAUGGCUCUCACCAAGGGGACCACCUCGUUGCCUGCCGAGACCCUCGGGCCAGGAGGCGGAUUCCCCCCUCUGCCGCCCCCUCCUCAGUUCCCCCCUUUGGGUGCGGGCCUGGGAACAGUGGACGAAGGUGACUCUCUGGAUGGACCAGAAUUUGAGGAGGAAGAAGUGGCCAUCCCGCUGACUGCUCCUCCAACUAACCAGUGGUAUCAUGGAAAACUUGAUAGAGCUAUAGCAGAAGAACGCCUCAGGCAGGCAGGGAAGCCUGGCAGUUACCUUAUAAGAGAGAGUGAUCGGAGGCCAGGGUCCUUUGUACUUUCAUUUCUUAGCCAGACAAAUGUUGUGAACCAUUUUAGGAUUAUUGCUAUGUGUGGCGAUUACUACAUUGGUGGAAGACGUUUUUCUUCACUGUCAGACCUAAUAGGUUAUUACAGUCAUGUUUCUUGUUUGCUUAAAGGAGAAAAAUUACUUUAUCCAGUUGCACCCCCAGAGCCAGUAGAAGAUAGACGGCGUGUGCGAGCCAUUCUACCUUACACGAAAGUACCAGACACUGAUGAAAUAAGUUUCUUAAAAGGAGAUAUGUUCAUUGUCCAUAAUGAAUUAGAAGAUGGAUGGAUGUGGGUCACAAAUCUAAGAACAGAUGAACAAGGCCUAAUUGUUGAAGAUCUAGUAGAAGAGGUGGGCCGGGAGGAAGAUCCACAUGAAGGCAAAAUAUGGUUUCAUGGGAAGAUUUCCAAACAAGAAGCUUAUAAUUUACUAAUGACAGUUGGCCAAGUGUGCAGUUUUCUUGUGAGACCUUCAGAUAACACUCCUGGUGACUAUUCACUUUAUUUUCGCACCAAUGAAAAUAUUCAGCGAUUUAAAAUAUGUCCAACACCCAACAAUCAGUUUAUGAUGGGAGGCAGAUAUUAUAACAGCAUUGGAGACAUCAUAGAUCACUAUCGAAAAGAACAGAUUGUUGAAGGUUAUUAUCUUAAGGAACCUGUACCAAUGCAGGAUCAAGAACAAGUACUCAAUGAUACAGUGGAUGGCAAGGAAAUCUAUAAUACAAUUCGUCGAAAAACAAAGGAUGCCUUUUAUAAAAAUAUUGUUAAAAAAGGAUAUCUUCUAAAAAAGGGCAAAGGAAAACGAUGGAAAAAUUUGUAUUUUAUCUUAGAGGGCAGUGAUGCCCAACUUAUUUAUUUUGAAAGUGAAAAACGAGCUACAAAACCAAAAGGAUUAAUAGAUCUCAGCGUAUGUUCUGUUUAUGUUGUUCAUGACAGUCUUUUUGGCAGGCCAAACUGUUUUCAGAUAGUAGUUCAGCACUUUAGUGAAGAACAUUACAUCUUUUACUUUGCAGGAGAAACUCCAGAACAAGCAGAGGACUGGAUGAAAGGUCUGCAGGCAUUUUGCAAUUUACGGAAAAGUAGUCCAGGGACAUCAAAUAAACGUCUGCGCCAGGUCAGCAGUCUUGUUUUACAUAUUGAAGAAGCUCAUAAACUCCCAGUAAAACAUUUUACUAACCCGUAUUGUAACAUCUACCUGAAUAGUGUACAGGUAGCAAAAACUCAUGCAAGGGAAGGGCAAAACCCUGUAUGGUCAGAAGAGUUUGUCUUUGAUGAUCUUCCUCCUGACAUCAACAGAUUUGAAAUAACUCUUAGUAAUAAAACAAAGAAAAGCAAAGAUCCUGAUAUCUUAUUUAUGCGCUGCCAGUUGAACCGGUUACAGAAAGGGCAUGCCACAGAUGAAUGGUUUCUGCUCAGCUCCCACAUCCCAUUAAAAGGUAUUGAACCAGGAUCCUUGCGUGUUCGAGCACGAUAUUCUAUGGAAAAGAUCAUGCCAGAAGAAGAGUACAGUGAAUUUAAAGAGCUUAUACUGCAAAAGGAGCUUCAUGUAGUCUAUGCUUUAUCAAAUGUAUGUGGACAAGACCGAACACUACUGGCUAGUAUCUUACUGAGGAUUUUUCUUCAUGAAAAGCUUGAAUCAUUGUUGUUAUGUACACUAAAUGACAGAGAAAUAAGCAUGGAAGAUGAAGCCACUACCCUAUUUCGAGCCACAACACUUGCAAGCACCUUGAUGGAACAGUAUAUGAAAGCCACUGCUACACAAUUUGUUCAUCAUGCUUUGAAAGACUCUAUUUUAAAAAUAAUGGAUAGCAAGCAGUCCUGUGAGUUAAGUCCAUCAAAGUUAGAAAAAAAUGAAGAUGUGAACACUAAUUUAGCACACCUACUGAACAUACUUUCAGAGCUUGUGGAAAAAAUAUUCAUGGCUUCAGAAAUACUUCCACCGACACUGAGAUAUAUUUAUGGGUGUUUACAGAAAUCUGUUCAGCACAAGUGGCCUACAAAUAACACCAUGAGAACCAGAGUUGUUAGUGGUUUUGUUUUUCUUCGACUUAUCUGUCCUGCCAUCCUGAAUCCACGGAUGUUUAAUAUCAUCUCAGAUUCUCCAUCUCCUAUUGCUGCAAGAACACUGAUAUUAGUGGCUAAAUCUGUGCAGAAUUUAGCAAAUCUUGUGGAAUUUGGAGCUAAGGAGCCCUAUAUGGAAGGAGUAAAUCCAUUCAUCAAAAGUAACAAACAUCGUAUGAUCAUGUUUUUAGAUGAACUUGGGAAUGUACCUGAACUUCCGGACACUACAGAGCAUUCUAGAACUGACCUGUCCCGUGAUUUAGCAGCAUUACAUGAGAUUUGUGUGGCCCAUUCAGAUGAACUGCGAACACUCAGUAAUGAGCGUGGUGCACAGCAGCACGUACUGAAAAAGCUUCUGGCUAUAACAGAACUGCUUCAACAAAAACAAAACCAAUAUACAAAAACCAAUGAUGUCAGGUAGCAGCCUUCACCCGUGUUCUGCAUGGAUUCAGCAUGCCAAACAUGGUAAUUCACAUCACUGUAAUGUCUCCUUUGCUCUUGCCAAAAAAUAGCACACCUUUUCACAUUCCCAGUGAUGUGUGAACUAUGCAAACAAAACCCAAGAUUCUGCUGGUGAAUAACUGUCAGCAGCUUUGUAAGCUAUCUGUGCAGGAUAUUUGCACUUUUUCCACGUGGAACUAAUCUUUACCAACCUCUGAGCCUUGGUGUACAGAUCACCUCUCACAGAACAGAAUGCUAUGACUGUAUCUUGAACUUUGAAAAUAUAUUUUCAGUAUAUCCAAUUGCCAAAGUUUUGCUGUCUCUUGGAAAAAGAACUAUGAAAUCAACUGACAAGAAAAAGCAUUCUCUAUCAACAAUUGAGUAUAACUGGAUUGCAGAGUGGUCUUUCUGUAAUUUUUUCCUGAUAAGGAAUAUGACCAUUUGACUGUUCCGUGACUUUAUUUGUAUUUAGAGUUUGCUAUUAUAAUAGGAACAAUCUUUGCUGUAUACUUUUUUUAAAUACUGUGCUAUUUCUUUUGCUGGAACUGUUGAAAGAAAAUAUAUAAAAUGGAUCUAUUGCUCAUCAGCUUUAUUUUUUUUAAACAUACCACUUGUUGGAAUUCUCAAAGACUGUAUUUAGAUCCCAAUGCUUUUAUGUUUACAGUAGUAAAUAAUUUGAAUUUAGUAAAUAUCAUUGGUCAUUGUCUACUGAUCAAUGCAUGUACCCAUUCACCCAUUUUAUAGAUUAUCAUUUCUUUUUAUGGGGGGGACCUAGAAUGCUUCUGUUUCAAGUUAUUUGUUCAUUAUUCCAUUUUGAUUUUUAUGCUACCCCUUUGAUUAUGUAAACAGUCUCACCAACCACUUACACUUUAUCCAUCUUUGAACUUCUGACUACUUGUUGUAUCUGCUGGAUAUUUAGUUUGACUGUAUAGUUUUAUUUGCUUCUGUAAUGUGUAUUUUUGUGAAGUAUUCACCAAGGUUAAGUUAAAAUAAAAGCAAGGGAUAUCUUGCGUAAUUGAUUACUCCUGUCUCUAUAUAGUUAGUCUCAUUAUUUUCUUCCUCCUUUCAGGGCAGUUCAAACUUUAGCACCAGAGCAAGGAUUAGGGAGAUGGAACUUCAUGUCAGUGUUUUAGCCAAUAAAAAGUAUUACACACACACACAUUAUGCAACAAUUCCUUCCCUAAUUGUAUAGGGGAGACUAGACAUAAAAAUUAUAUGGCAGAAUAUCAUUAGCAAUCAAAGGGGGUGACUAAAACAGGAAUCCAGGGCAUAAAAGAGGAAAAAGAUUUGCCACAGUAAAGAACUUUUUUGAAGGCCUUGAUUCCAAGACAAAUGUUUUAUUAUGUUCCUCUGAUAACAUAAACUAUAGGAGAAAACAGUGUUAACUAACCAAAAGUUUAAAAGAUUUUUGCUUAAUAUAGUUUUAAGCUGAAAAACGCAGUUAUCUCUUAAGAGACAGCUGGCCCUCAUGUAGCUUUAAUCACCAUUCAAUGGUGAUACUUAAAACUUCACACAUCCUUUGCUGUAUUUGCAUGGCAGUUCCAUUCAUCCAUUCUCUCCCUUCUUGACUCUAUGUAUUACUUGUCUGGUUUUCCAUCCCUCCUGAUUUUCAGCUGGACCACCACAGUAGUAUCCAGCUGGUCUUCCCUGGUAUAACAGGACAGAGGACAGACUGCAAAGAAUAUGGACUAGUGACAUACCCUAAAAUGUUUUAACAGCAUAUAAAGGGGCCCAAUCUCUAGUGCUAAGCAAUUUUGUUCUCUCCCACUAAUCACACACCUCUCUUCAGCCAUACCAACCUACUGGUAUUCCUCAAUCUUGCCCAAGAUAUUAAUACAAUCUCAGCUGAAAUCCUGUCCUGAUCACCUGAAAUGCUUCUCCCUCUUCUGCUUUUUAUAACAAAAUCCAAACCUAAAAGACUUAUGCUGCUUUUUAUACUUUAAUUACAUGUCUCUUAAGCUAAAGUAUGGAAACUGUCAGUUACCUCUGUAGGCCCUACUAGUUGAUCAAUGUUGAAAUAAAAUCUCUCAAACAUUUUUUUUUUUUUUUACUGGGCUUGGACAGGAAAAUUUUCAAAGAUUAUAAAUGAAGACCUUGCUCCGGUACUAAAAUUGAGUGAUCUGAUGGGAAACAGGAGAUAAAUUGCUGACAUUCUGCAAUUGUGUCUGGCCUAGCAACAAUGCUACUCAACCUAGGCUACAAUAAACAAUUAUAACUUUACCUUUCCCCACUUCACUUUUAUAAAAUACCACUUUAUUUAAUUUCAUUCCUCUCAUCCCAGUAUGAGUUGGAAAAAACAAAAGCAAAACUCAAGUCUAGAAUGCAAAGGAUUAUUAAAAGCAUAAGCCUAUUGUAAAUAGUACCUGGAAAUACCGAAAUCUAAUUAAAAUUGUACUUACAAUCUUAUGGAAAAGCCCAGUCUGAGAUGCAUUGGGAGCGAAGAGGGUAUGUGUUUCCAUAAUAUGUAAUUAAAUUUAGGGUAGUUAAGUUUCUUAGAAUUCCUUCAGUUCAGUUUUCCAGAAAAAAAAUUUGGCUUAAUAUACACACAUCCACAAUCUGAUUCCAAUUUAGAAAAUGAGUAAUAAGAUCACUCAUAUAUACAGGCACUACUGUGAUUAAUCCUAUGAGAAGCAGGCAUUAUUUUCCCUAUUUUCAGCUUGGGAAACUGGCAUGGAAAUUUAAGAACUUGCUCAAGGUCGGAUAGUAGAAUACAGUUAUGUAUGAAUCAUUAACUUUUAUUUUUAUAUCAAUUUCAACUUGAAUUAAAUUUCUUGAAGAUAGUUAAAUCUACACAAAUGCGUAGUAACUAUAACACCUAUUUAUAGGGCUUCACUUAUAGGUGAUCUAUAUUAGGUUAAAAUCUAUAGUUAAUUAUAAACCUGAAUUAUGUCAUCUGCUACUACCUACUGACCAACAGCAAUUUAAGAUUUUUAUCUAGACAAUUACAAAGACUACAUAUUUGAUUUCUUUUGUUAUCUAUUUGCAAAUGCUUUCAUAUAACCAGUUGAGGCAAACAAAUACUCAGUAGACAGGAUCACUAGCUUUCAGUGCCAUGCAACAAGUAUAUUGCAUUCUGGAGCCCAACAGAAACACACAAAUCUAAGUAUAUCCAGAUGGUAUAAGAAGCCAUGUAUAAGCAAAAAACAUUGCUUAACAAAUUUGAAGCCCACUACUAAAUUUUGGUUUCUGUGGUGCCAUCUUUCAAAAAGGAUAAUUGCAUUUUGUUUAAGGGAAUAUAGGGCAAAUACAUUACACCUUUAUUCUGGCUACUACAGAAAGACUAAUUUGAUAUUAGUCAUAGUAGGGCACAACUAUCCAAACCAUGUGCUAUUUUGGCUCUUUUGAAGGUAUCAUAUUUUCACAUAACAUUACCCUGAAAGGAAAAUUCUUUUAAAAAUACCAUGAAUAGAAAAUUUUACUACAUUUUGCUGUUUUCACAUUGUAUUUUUAAAAUAAAAUUAAAUGCCAGCUAUGCUUACUACUUCUGUUGAUUAGCUAGCAUUGACAAAUCAACUUCAAAAGGUUAGAGAGAAUCUACCAGGUCAUCAUCAGUCCAUUCUUCCUAAGAAGGAGAAAGAAAAUACAAUAAGAAUACCAUUUAUAAUGAAGUAUAAGCAGUGUUUUUGUUUCUUUGUUGUUGUUGUUGUUUUUACCUUAUCUCACUUUAGGAAAAUGUUUUUCCCUAUUACUAUGCUGAUUAUAGAAAAUAAAUAAACUAGGAAAAUUUGUAGUAGUUUAGUCUUACAGUAUGGUGCCACCAGAAUACUACAAUGAGGAACAAAGGUUACAGUGACCUGGUUUCUCUGAUUAUUCAUUUAUUUCUGACAGGUACAAUUCAGAGAGAAUUCUUGGAGACUUAACAGAGAGCAAAAAUUACCAAGUGUGAGCAUCCCUGCUGCCUCGUACAAACAUAAGAGAGGAUCUUUUAUUAAGUAACUAUCAUAUUACUUCAUAACAGGAUAAAACAGAAGUGAAAAAAAAUCUCUUCAACAAUGAACAAUGUACAUAAAGAAGGACACAAGAAAUCAAGGCUUAAAAAGCCCACACUUAUAGACCUAUAUGCUUAUACUCUGGAACAUUAAGUCCUAACAGUACUCACAACAUAAGGUGCAACAUAACCUAAGAUUCACCUUUAGAGUAAACAUACCUCUUCAUGUUUGGGUUUCUUUGAGAUAUAAUCAUCAUCUUCAUAGCCUUUCCUCUUCUUUCUAUAAUUAAGCAACCAUCAAUAAGCAAUCCAGUACUGGCAACAGAAACUAUAAAAUCUCUACGAAUAAAUUAGCAAGGCUAUAUGAAAAGAUAUAUACCUAUUGAAAGACAAGACUUGGAUAAAUCUGCAGAAUUUAUGGAUAGGAAAAAUAUUCUUCAAAUUAAUCUCCAAAUUCAGUGAAAGUCUAAAAUCCCAAUAAGAUUUUUCAUGAAAUUUGUCAAGUCUAACAUUGGCCUGGAAAAAAUUAUCCAAAAAUAGCAAAAGAAACAGGGCAAAGGGGAGACUACCUUUUCCCAGCUAUUAUGAAAACACAUGCUGUAAAAGCUAUGGUAGUUAAAAAUGUGGUAUUAACAUAAGAAUCAAACAGCAAUUAUCAGGUAGACAGGCCUAAAAUUAAUCAUCUGUAUGACAAUUUAAUUUGUGAUGAAAGGAGUACUUCUAGGAAAAUAAUAGGGAAAAUACAGAAUAUUCAAAAAUGGGUUGGUUGGGACAAGGUUAUUCAUUUGGAAAAAAUCAGUAUUAGUGGGACUCUACCACACACCAUUCACAAAAAAUUCUGAGUGGUUUAAACAGCUAAAUAAAAUGCAAAAAUAUACAUAGAUUAAUUUAAGAUAAGAAAAGGUAUUCAGAUGGGAAGCAUAAAACAAAAGACAAAUUUUCUACAUCAAAAAGCAGAAAAAAAAAACAAAAAAACUAGUGGUAUCAUAUAUAGAAAGAGGAAUUUUCAGAAUCUAUAAAAGACUUACAGAUCCACAAAAUAGCCAGAAAAUUGGUCAAAGGUCAUAAAUUUAAGCAAUACAGAACUACUACAAGUAACUGCUAAACACUGAAAUAUCAGUAUCUCAUAGUAAUCAGGGAAAUGCAAAUUAAAAUACUAAUUUGAUAUUGUUUUUUCGCCUAGAUUCGCAAAAGACAAGAUUGACAAUAUUGUGUUGUACAAUAUGUACAAGGAAAACAUUCAUGUAAAGAGACAAAAACAAAAACCCUGAUGUCAUACAUGCACGCGCACGCACACACACACAUACAUGUAUGCAGAGAAAAGUUGGCAAAGAUCAAGACCAACUUAUAAUCUCUGGGAUUAUAUGACUGGGAUUUGGGUGUAAGGGAACUUUGGCUUUAUCUGUAUUGUCUGACUUCAACAAUAAAGAAAACAGUUGUUGUGUAAUGAAAAAUAAAGACAAAAGAACUUUAAAGAGUUCAAGAAAAACCAAUAAUUUUUUUAAAGUAAUGCUACUUGUGGUGUGGUCCCUGGACAAGUAUAAGCUCACAAACAUUCCAGUCAGCAAUGAGAUGAUUACAGAAACUGAAUACAUGUUUAGAAACUUUUAUAGCAAUUUGAUAGAUUAACUUUAUGACUGUUGAAUCUAAUAAUAAAAUUUGAUCUUA